CAAAACCCCGCCUCUUAGAGCUUUAAACAGUUCUGUUUGUUGUGAAAUAGCCAGUCUCUGUGUCUCACUGCAGCAGGAAUGGCUUCAAACUUGUGGUCUCAGGAUGAGUUCAGCUGUCCAGUGUGUCUGGAGCUAUUGAAGGACCCAGUCACUACAGCAUGUGGACACAGUUACUGUAUGGGGUGUAUUAAGAACUACUGGGAUCAGACUGAUCAUACAGGUGUCUACAGCUGCCCCCAGUGCAGAAAGACCUUUACCCCAAGGCCUGAUCUGUGCAGAAACACCAUGCUGGCUGAAGUUGUGGAGAAAUUAAAGAACACAGGACUCAGUCCUCCUCCUGCUCAAAGUUAUGCUGGACCUGGAGAUGUGCCGUGUGAUUUCUGCACUGGGAGAAAGUUCAAAGCUUUGAAAUCCUGUUUGACGUGCCUGGCCUCUUACUGUGAAACACACAUCAAGCCACACUAUGAGGGGGCUGCGUUCAAGAGGCACAAGCUGAUCAAUGCAAUUGGAAAUCUGGAGCAGAAGCUUUGUGCUGAACACCAGAAGGUUUUGGAGGUCUUUUGUAGAACCGAUCAGACGUGUAUUUGCUUGUUGUGUUCACAAAUUGAACACAGGAGUCAUGAUACAGUCUCAGCUGAGACACAGAGGAUUGUGAAGCAGAAGCAGCUGGGAGAGACACAGACAGAAAUACAACAGAGAAUCCAGGAGAGACUGAAAGAAACUGAGGAGCUGAAACAGAGUGUGGAGACACUGAAAAGAUCUGCAUGCAUAGAAAUAAAGGAAAGUGAGAAGAUCUUUACUGAGCUGAUCCGAUCCAUUGAGAAGAUCUACACUGAGGUUAUUGAGCUGAUUGGAGCUAACGAGAAGGCUGCAGUGAAUCAGGCUGAAGGACGCAUGAAGAAACUGGAGCAGGAGAUUGCUGAGCUGAGGAGGAGAAACGCUGAGCUGAAACAGCUUUCAGAGACAGAGGAUCACAUCCAUUUUCUACAGAAUUUCCAGUCUCUCUGUGUCCCUCCUGAAGCUGGAGACUUACCCAGCGUUACUGUCAAUGCAGACAUCUCUUUUGGGGCUGUGAGGAAAGCUGUAUCUGAACUUAAAGACCAUAUUGAGGACUUCUGCAAGGGGGAAAUCGUCAAAAAAUCCAAAACAGUGUAUGAAGUUGCAGUUUACAGUCUGCAGGCUCCAGAGCCAAGGAACAGAGCUGAGUUUUUAAAAUAUUCCUGUCAGCUCACACUGGACCCCAACACAGCGUAUAGAAACCUCAAUCUGUCUGAAGGGAACAGAAAAGUGACAUACAGUAGAGACAUCCAGACAUAUGCUUGUCACCCAGAGAGAUUUGAGAGCUGUUCCCAAGUGCUUUGCAGAGAGGGUGUGUCUUGGACUCGCUGUUACUGGGAGAUUGAGUGGAGGGGGGGAGGGGCUUUUAUAGGAGUCACAUAUAAAGGAAUCAGCAGGAGAGGAAGGGAUUGUUCCUGUCGCCUUGGAUACAAUGACAAGUCCUGGAGUUUGAUCUGCUCUGGUUCCAGUUACACUGCCCUGCACAAUAACAACAGAACUGCAAUAACUGCCCCCCGCUCCCCCAGAAUAGGAGUGUAUCUGGACUUUAAUGCCGGCACUCUGUCAUUUUAUGGCGUCUCUGACACAAUGACCCUCCUGCACAGAUUCCAAACCGCAUUCACUGAGCCGCUCUAUCCUGGGUUUGGGCUUCAUUCUUAUGAUUCCCCUGUAACAAUCUGCCAGCUGAACUAGACUGUUUUGUGUUGUAAGAAACCCUUUGUAUUGAACUCCCUGUCUGUCCUCUCCACUCCUCGGGUGAAGGGAAUGUUCAAUCUGACACAACUUUGGAUGAAAGUUAGGGGGUAAAACGGCGCCACCUGCAGAGCGAAACGAGGGGAAUUAUUUGUUUUUACACUUGGAGCCGAGGCAGCCUCAUUGUUACUGUUUAAUCUGUCAGGUUAGUGUUUCUGUAAUUGUAAACACUCACAACUGGACAGCUGUUUCAGCAUAACAUGUUCAAUAUGUCCUGAGUAUUUAUUGAUUACAAACACACAAAUAGCAGCAAGUGGCAGACUUAGUUGGCAUCUCUGCACAGUGCUAGAAUUCCCACAGCAAGUACUGAUAAGUAUCUCUUAAGGUGAUUGUAGCUCACUAAAUAAUUCCACAAUGUGUUCCUAUAUUGCACUUCCAUUGGCUGCAUAGGACUCAAAUGUGCAGGUUUGAAAAGCAUGAGAUCUGAUGCUGCUUGAGGUUAAAGAAAGUUCUCAGUUUCUAUGCCUUAUUCUCAGGGCACAUGUUUACUAUAGCAGGUGUUUCGUUCAACACUGCACAUUUGAGAUCUAUAUAACGAAUGGAAGUGCACAGCAGCUGAGAUUCAUGGGAUUAUUUUGUCAGCUCCAAUCCCUAUCAAUGUAAGGUUGUGUAAAUAGCAGCUCACAAUACUUGCCAUGUCAAAGGCAUGUCAGUAUAGUUUCCAGCAGAUUCCUGUAUACAGUAGAAUCCUGUUAGCUGAAUAGCGUUUGAACUUGAUGCUGAAGUUUAUGGUAACACUUUAUAUGAAGGUGUCAAUUUGAAAUAGAUUAUUAACAUGUUAUAGAUGCUUAAACGAUGAGUUAUAAUGUUUUUAUAAUGCAUUAUAGAACAAGUCAUACAGGAUAGUAACAGCAUUUACUAGUGUGUUAUAAAUACUGAAUAGAUGAUAUAAGAAAUCUGCAAUAAAUGAAAAUAUGAAACUGUAUAUUAGCUGUAAACAAAUCAGGACAAAUCACAUUAAACACAAAUGAUUUACA